AAAUUGUUAAUAUCUUUAAAUAGCCAUGCGAGAGGCUACCUCAACGGUUAGAGAAUAAAACUCUAGCCGCUAGGUCUACUACACAGAUAACACCAAUAACGUCUUGGAAGCUUCCACCUACCAGUUCAUUUUCCUACCUUGCCACUUAAAUAUUUCUUCAAUUCUCUCUUAAGAUUGCCUCGUAGCUUCUUCACAUAUAUCUAAAAAGCUCACAAUUCAAUGCUUUCAACAUCAAGAUAUAUAAAGUUAACUCUCUGACUCUAUCAUUCCAGAAUCACUGACCCACUAUGGCAUUUCCUACAUUUCCAGAUUCAUGGAGUGCCCCAACAACGUGUUUUGACCCAACAGAUGUCUACGCCGUGAUAGUUUCUCAUGACAUUAUAGACAGAGACACUUCUUAUUGGGAAUAUUAUUAUGGUGUGCCAGCGACCACUCCCACAGGAGAUUGCUUACCGCCGUCAUAUGGGACGUCUGCCCCUUACUUUGGGCACACUUGCCCGCCAGGGUACAGAAAUGCAGGUGCUUUCAGGACAACACUCUAUAGCCAACACGCGUCAGUGACUGUCUGCUGCCCUGGGUAGGUAAUCGCCUCCUUAUAACACAGGGUUUCUUUCUAAUUUUAUGAAAGUUCUGAAUCUAGGUUUACGCUG